UGAAUUGCUAUAAAUACAAUAAUUUUGUUAUGUCUCUUUAUAGAGAUCAUUGUGACUCCAAAGUGGAUUGAUCAUUUCUAUUGUUCAUUUUUUUGUACUCUUAAGCCGUUAUAGGAAAACUGUUCACUUUAACUCAAAGGUAAAAAGUGUGUACACGUUAUUUCUCCCACACCGAUUCUCGGAUCAAGCUGAAACUUUGCACAAUUAUUCAUUGACAGAGACAAGACAUGAAUCAAUAAAAAAAAGUAACCAGUUAAACAAUUAAUUAGUUCAGUCCGCUGCCUAUUAUACUCAUAUUAGGCUUAAAGGUACAAUUUGGCAAUGAAUGAAAUAAAGGUAAUGGAAAAUGCUAAGAAAGAAAAUGAUCAUAUUCCCGACUACUGGACUAAUCACCGCACUGGUAACAAAAAAAUUCUCGUCCCUGUUGACCAACGUACAUUUAAAGCCAUAAAAGAAAUUGUGCACAGAACAUGGAACGAAGAAUUGAUAGGGAAAGGACUAGACGCAAAAGGUUUAGAAGAAUUAAACUACACAAAGUUGGAUGUCAUACUGGUUCAAAGAGUCGAAAACCCACAAGUUUUUGGAAACUACCAACGAGCAAAAAACGAAUUGCUAGACAAAAUGAUAGCGCUCAAAGAGCCAAGUCGCCGUAUAGAAAGCAUUCCUGGAGAAAAAGGCGGUGAUCCUGACACAACGCAAGAUCUUGAUGACUUUAUGAAAAGAGAUCUCUGUCCUGAGAUUAACGAAUGUUAUGUUUUACACGGGACCAAGGUAGAGAGAAUAGGUGGCUUGAGUGAUCGUGGUCUGAACUUAAGACAGGCUGAUCCCAACGCCAUGUUCGGCAAGGGCAUUUACACGACAGACAGUUCUACAAAAGCUGAUCAGUACGCAGAUAGUCCUGUACAUCGUCGACCACUAAACUACAGAAACAAACUGAUUCUCUCCCGUGUUUUGCUCGGCAAUGUUUACUUGUGCAAAGAGAAGCCCAGACAAGAUGAACAAAAGCUAUCGGGCCCACCAUGUCUGAACUGCUUAAAGGACAUGUGUCGUUGCAAUGGGCCAAAGUUUGAUUCUGUUUUGGGAGAGCGAUAUUUGAGGUUUAGAGAGUUCGUGACGUACGACACCAGCAACAUUUACCCAGAAUACGUCAUCACUUACAAAAGAGCAAAGUAACUAACAAUUCAAAAAGCUUCGCAUUUUUCACCCAAAUGGCGGAGAAACAUUAUUGGAGCCGCAGAUCAAACAAUUAAAAUAUUAUGUGUACUAAAAAAA